CACUACGACCACUGACUGCAAAUCAUCGAAUUUGUACGGCGGGGUUUGCCUAUGACUGUAUUCGCAUUGUUUGUAGGGCUUGGUCGUAAACUGUGACAGCCGAAACAAGUAAAACAACAAAAAAUUCGUGUUUUAAUCAACCAAAAUAUGCGACGGUGAUACGAAAAAGUGCCUGUUACAGUGUAGUCUUUCAAAAUGUGCGGUUUAAAAUUGUUUUUGACUUGUUUAUGUUUAUUAACGGUGGGCGUGUCGGGGCAGUAUGAGUGGCAACCAAGGGACCCCUUUGACAUAAUUUCUAUUGCCAUGCAAAGGGUGAACAAAGACAAUUGUGAAAUCACACAUGUUAAUGAUUUGUACCUGCCCGAGGGAACGGUAUCGCACUUGCCAGACAUCAAAGACGUCAACAUCAAUCCCGUGUUUCCUAACAGGACUCAAUUGCUGCAUAUGCAUAAUAUGGCAAUGAACAGGGCCUUCUUUUGGUCCUACAUUCUCCAGAGCAGAUUUAUUAGACCUGCCAUUAAUGACACGUACGAUCCUGGAAUGAUGUACUAUUUUUUAUCAACGGUAGCCGAUGUUUCUACCAAUAAACAUAUUAAUGCUAGUGCUAUUUAUUUCUCACCUAAUAUGUCGUAUUCCAGCUCCUAUAGAGGGUUCUUUAAUAAGACAUUUCCAAGAUUCGCACCAAGGACUUUCAGAGCAGACGACUUUAACGAUCCAAUACAUUUAGAACGCAUUUCCACGUUGAAUACAUUCACCGUACACGAUUUGGGGGCCAUACCUCCAGAAACUAGCAGCGAUUAUACCUCAGAUUACUACCGGAUAAACUCUUGGUACAAAAAAUGGCUGCCUGACAAGGUCGCGGAACGGCACGAUACGAAAACCACGUAUCAAAUUGAGAUUCGAUACGCCAAUAAUACAAACGAAACGUUUACUUUCCACGGUCCUCCCGGGGCCGAUGAAAUUCCAGGUCCUGUAAAAUUUACGGAGCCGUAUUUCGAUUGUGGACGAUCUAAUAGGUGGUUGGUGGCUGCCGUUGUCCCAAUUGCCGAUAUAUAUCCCAGGCAUACCGGAUUUAGGCAUAUAGAAUAUCCAACAUAUACAGCCGCCGCUGUAGUUGAAAUGGAUUUUGAGAGAAUAGAUAUCAAUCAGUGCCCCCCUGGUAAGGGUAACGAUGGUCCAAAUAUGUUCGCAGAUACGGCACGGUGUAAAAAUGUAACGACUGAGUGUGAACCACUUCAUGGAUGGGGUUUUCGAAGGGGAGGCUAUCAAUGUCGCUGUAAUCCCGGUUACCGGCUACCAAUGCAAACCAGACGACCUUUCUUGGGCGAAAUAAUCGAAAGAGCUACAGCCGAACAAUAUUACAACGGAUUUGACUGUCAAAAAAUCGGAUGGAUUCAAAAACUGCCUGUGCAAUGGGAAAAAUCCGACAGAUAUUUGCGAGAGGAAGCAAUGGAUAAAUAUCCCGAAUACCGCGACCAAGUUCACGGUCCGGCUAGUUUAAGCCAGUCCAAAUUGAACAUCCAUCGAGUCUUGGACUUCAUCUUGGGUAUGAAUAAAGAUAAUUGUAAGAACUACAAACCCGAAGACUUGUUGUUGUAUGGAGGAGCGAUGUUUGGUGCAGAGGAAUUUUUUGAAAAUGAAGCAAAAAUGGCUCUCCGAUUGGCCAAUUUUAUAAGCGCGUUUCUACAGGUUUCAGAUCCUAAGGAAGUUUAUUCCGGGAAAAGAGUGGCUGACAGAGAUUUGACCGAGGAUCAGAUGAUUGGAGAAACACUUGCACUAGUAUUAGGGAACAGCCGCAUAUGGUCUGCAGGAACCUACUGGGAACGAAACAAAUUCCCUAAUCGUACUCUUUUCGCCCCGUACGCCUACAAAAAAGCCUUGAACACCAGAAAGUUCAACGUAGAAGACUUGGCGCGAUUGGACAAACCCGACGAGGUGUAUCUCAACAAGCAAUGGUUCAAAUUCCAGAAACACAGAUGGGCUUCGAACUUUGACAGCUUGGAAAAGUUCUGGAUGAAGAUCAGGAUCAGAUUUAACGAAACCGGGGAAAAUACAGUGAAAUAUGAACGUUUUCCGACUUAUUACAGAGGAGCUAGAUUGGAACAUGGCUUCUGGAGUCAACCUUAUUAUGAUUGUUACGGAAAAGUACCCAUGUGGAAGAUUAAAUAUGUUUCUCCGUUUUUCGGAUGGGACAGUCUUAAGGCCAAGCUGGAAUUUAAGGGUGUCGUUGCAGUUACCAUGGAUUUAUUAAAGUUGGAUAUCAAUCAGUGCCCUGAUCCAUACUAUGCUACAAAUGCUUUUGAAGGGACGGAAAAAUGUGAUCACAAGACGUCAUAUUGCGUUCCUAUACAAGGACGAGGUUUCGAGACGGGUGGUUACAAAUGCGAGUGCAAACAGGGGUACGAGUAUCCCUUCGAAGAUCCAAUAACUUACUAUGACGGGCAAUUGAUAGAAGCCGAAUUUACCAAUCUCGUCGACGACAACGAAACACGUUUUAAUAUGUUCAAGUGUCGAUUAGCCGGCGCCAAUGGCUUAAAAGUAAGCGCUACGACACUAUUUGCGCUAGUAUUUCUUUCACUUGUGUUCAAUGGGUUUAGAUAAUUUUAGUUGAAUCAAAAAUUGGCCAUCAAAGUUUUAUUUGCGUAUCUUUUACGGACUGCGCCAAUUUGACGCAUAUAUUUUAACGUAAGAAUAAUAUUCUCAUGAGUUUUUAACUUAAAAUAUUACUUUGACGGCCAAACUGUAGUUUUACAAAGUGGCCUUCUCGAAAAAAGUGCCUUUAAGAUUUGAUAUACCGUCCAUAUUUUUUUUUAAUAAUUAUAUUGUUAUUUUGUUUCUUUCAAAGAAACAUUAUCGCCUUAUAUGACAAGAGUCAAUUAAUGAUACUCAAUAGAGAUCUUUUUUUAUAUAUAUUUUUGCGUGGAUGAUGCAAUAUUGGAUAAAAGGCUUUUAAUUGUUAUGUUUUUAUUGAACAAAUUUCAUUAAUGUAUUCUAAUUUUGUACAUAAAAAAAGCUGAAGGCAGCUUGAUAAAGUACAAAGUCUAGCUUUAACAUAAAAAAAUAUCCAAUAACUUUCGCACACAAUUUAUGUAUGCAUCAAGAAAUACUUCAUGUAAAAUUAUGUAUAUACUAAUAACAGGCAAGUCAAAGUUAGCGGUUGCCCUCUAGCGGUAAAAAAAAAAUACUUUUAUAUAAAACUUGACAAAUAUUGUGAAAGUAGGGACCUAUUAAGGCGUCAGAUUGCCAUCUCUUGUGUUUCUGUUAGGAAUUGGAUCAAAUUUAUUUUUCACUGUAGCGUCUAUAAUUACGUUUCAAGGGAGAAUUCGAAAUUUAGUACUGAACAAUGGUUUUAACCACUACGAAAUGUUUAGUAUUUUAAAAUAGUUUGAUAGAAAAACUAAUUAGGUAAUUAAUAAUAAUAACACUCUUAGACAAUGCUAACCUUAAUCUGGAAAUUAGUGGAAAAUAAUACAUAAAAAAUAAUGUUGCACAAAACAUUAACCAUGAAUAAAAUCAAAGAUUACAGGCUUGUGAAAUGAAGGAAAAUAAAUAUUUUAGAUACUGUGAAUAUAAAGAAAUAAAUAAAGAGAAAGAUUGGUAUAAAAUGCCCUUUCAUCGAAUAAUCAAGGUAAUCUCUUUAUUGAAAACCGCCGAAGAACAUGUUAUUCCUGAAUUUGAAGGAAUAUAAAAUAGUUUUUCCUAUUAACACAAGUCAAAUUGUCGACAAAACAUGGGAUAAAUAUGAAGGGUGCAGGGGAAAAUAGAUGAAUGUCACAAAAAUGAGUUUCUGAAAAAGUAGGAUUUUAAAAUUUGAAGACUUCUACAAUACUUGUCUGAAAAUAUAUUUGGUUCAAAUAUUUUUUUCUCAAUACCAGGUAGAUUACUUUGUUACCAAUUAUUGAGUGCACAGGUUUAUUUUUGUAGCUGGAAAAAAAAUAUUGGGAGUUAUACGACAUAGGUUCGAGUGGGGAAAUGGAGUAAUUUAUCAUAUAGCGGAGUAAAACUUGGAAGUAAAGUCGCUUAGUUUAGUAAGGUAAUCGGGUACACGAAAUCAUUUUUGACGACAUUUUUUGAUGGUCGAGAACUUUUUUAUUUUGAGAAAACUUAAAAAAAUUGAUUUUUUUAUAAAACAUGUUUUUUGACGUCUCCACCGCUAUAUCUGUUUUUACAUAUUAAAGUAGACACAAUAGCGCUUUGAAAAAUACCCCACUUAAAUCCAAAAAAAAAAAAUAAUGUUAAUUUGUUAUUUUCAGUAACGUAAUUUUAAGCAAUCGAGAAAAAAAUUAUUUCUAAAAAUUUGUACAUAUAUGCUGCGAACAAAUUGAAUCCAAUAGUCAAAAAAAGUUUUUAUAAUGAAAACUUUUUAUGUGUCGGUUAUAGUAUCGAGUCAGCGAUUUUUCAUAAACGGGCCAAAAUCAUACUUUUGCGCGCUCGGCUCCGGCUUGCGAGCGCGACCGGCGGACGGUCCCUAUCGGUCGGAACGUUCUUAGUUCUGAUAAUAUGUAGGAGACGGACUCAUUUCAAUAGCUCUAAAACAGGUAGGGAUGUAAAGCAGCUGCAAAGGUAAAAAAUAUAAAAAGAGAUCCAAAAGAUAGGUAUAUAAAUAUCAAUCAGCGUUAUAAACUAACCCCCUAUACUUACCUAAUUAGUAGUAUAUUAAAUAUUUUGAAUUGAAUUAAAUUAAAAAUAUAAACCUAAAGUAAGGUUUAUCGUUGAAAUAUUUAUUAUUAAGAGCACUCUAAUUCGUCAUAUUCUGGAUCUACGUCAAAAUCUUUGAUACUGUCGUUGCAGGAAGGACAUUAAAUUUACACUCGUUACAACAUUUUAGGCCUUCUUUAACACAAGUGCAUUUUCAUCUCCAUUUCUUUUGGCACUUAGCAUUUUCUAAAGUAAAUCUAUUGUCUCAAAAAAAUGUACCAAUAUUUAAAUGUUUUUGAUAAACCGCAAUCCAACUUUACAAAUUCUGCUACAACUUUGUUAAAAGUAGGAAAGAUCUUCUAAGUUACCUGCUUCGUCAAUUUUUGAUUUUAUUACUGUCCAUUUUUAUUUUAGCUCGUCAGUAAAAAAAAUUUUUCCUUUAUUUUCUUCGUACCAUUUAUUUAGCGACUUGUAAAAUAAUUGAGACACUGCAUCGGUUGCUAAUGUUAGACUUCUAAUAGCGCGAUAAUACGCUUUCCAUCGAGCAUUAGUCGACAAGAAUUUUCUGUGUAAAUAUCUGUUUCGACAAAAAUAGAAGUUAGUCCACCAUCAGCAAAAAUAUAACCUAUACCUGCAAUAAAUGCCAUUGUUAGGUACAUCCUACCAAGUUGCAAAGUCACUUUCCCAGACAAUUCUGGAGGUUUGUUCUACAGUAUUUCGCGCGCCUUGGAAUACAUUGCUAAGUCUGCGGUUAUUACAAUAUGAUCCUGAUUCAGUUUUUCUGCUAACUGUGCUAACCUUACUAUUGCGAUAAAAAUUGUGUCAAAUUCUGUUGGGGGAGCAUUUAAAAAGGAAAGAUACGUAACUGAUGAAACUAGAAUAUUAUUUUAGACAUCACUCCAUCCCAGGAAAGAAUACUCAUUCUAAAGAAAUUUCAAUAAUCACCAAAAUAAAUUCAUCUUUUUCGACCUAGUUGAAUUUCUCGAGAUAUUGUUGGUAACUUUAAUUUAGGAGUACAGGACCAGUUUUAGGCUUAUAUUUUUCAAGUCGCUGCAGACUUAUGUCCGUUUCUUUUAUGCUUAAAGCGAAUUUACCUUCUUUAAUCGGGUCUCUAAUUGGUUGUAUAGACUUUUUCUUGAAACACAACCAUGACCAUAGCAUGUGUUGUUCCUUUUUCAUCAAUGGUUUUCUCGUUAAGGUCAAAAUUAUCAAUACUUGCCCGAAUGUAAUUUUUUUUCUCAGGUGAAACCUUCGCCAAACAUUUAGGUACAUAUAUAUCUUCUUUAUCAUCGGUUUAUUGUUUUACCUCAGCAAAUAGCUUUGCAUUUAUAAGCCAUAGCACAAACAGGAGUAAAAUAUUUGGAACGUCAUUUUAUUAAUAUCAUCUGGUUGUGAGAAAUCCAGUUUUUGGUUGAAAUGAAGCCAUUGCACUACGUAAUAUGGCACCAGCUCUUAAUAAAAUUAGAAUUUCGGACAUUUCUUUAAGAAGUAAAAUAUCUUUCUGAAUAUCAGUAUCAUUACUGUCAAUACUUGCUGAGGAGUUGGACAUUGUCGAAUUAUUUUCGGGUGAGUUUGUGAUAAUAACGAAAUAAGGUAUAAUUCUUAUUUUGGCCACUAUACGAAUCGCAGAAAAUUUCUAACUCUUGGACACGCUUAUCCAAGAAAUUGAAAAUAAAAUGAAAUAGCAUAGAUGCUACUUCAUGUGAGCCCUUCUUUCCAGCAGUUUCCAUGUAAAUUUAAAAAUAUGAAGCAGAGUUAGACAGCACAUGGAUAUUAAAGAAAUAAAAAGAAAGUUGGCGUUUAUAAUAUACAUCAUUAGCACUGGCAAAUUUUUUUGAAAAUCCAUUGCUAUUGCCUCUUUUUCUGUACUGUUUUGAGAAUUUAAACGGGCUGCUCUCUUUCUUUUGUAAAACGUUUCAGCUUUUAGAAGAUGCAGUUUGUGUUCUGUUUCCAAACGAGAUAAAAGCGCUUUUUGUGAAGGAUCGUUUUCGAUGCUCAUUUUCUUGGCCUUGUGCUCAUCACAGGCACUGUAGGUAUCCGUUCGUGGAUAACCAAAACUUAUGUUGAAUUUAGUUACAAAUAUAGUUCUGUAAGUCUCGUAGGAAACCUUAUUCUCAGGAUUUUGUUGCAAAAACAUGUCGAACAUCUUUUUCACGUUAAGAUCUUCCGGUAAAUAUACACGUUGGGAGUCAUGGAGACUGUAAUGUGAUUUUCGGCCUUUAAACGAAGCAAUAUGGUCAAAAAUGGCAGUGGAUAUUUCAUCUGGGAGACGAUUUUUUUCGAUUGGAAUGUUGACCUCGCCAAUCGUGUUUAACAUGUCCAAAAGUGGUUUAUAACAUAUUGGCACUUCUAUAGCUGUAUUAUCUCGUUAAACACGAAUUUUGUAUGUGUACGAAUAUGAGUGAUAUUCAACAUCUUCAUCAUUAUUCUUUCUACUUCGGUGUCAUUUAACGGGGGCAUGUGAAAUUAAGCUACCCACAUACAAAUUUUGUUCAUCAUGAUCUUUAAGUUCAUUAAACUGUUUAAUUAUUUGCAACCUCUCUCCUUCGGUGAUAUUUUCAAAACACAAAUCUAGUACAGUUACAACUUGGGCCUGUUUCAUGGCUUCAUAGUUUUAAUAACUUAACAACGUUUUUCAUACGUCCAUGAGAUUUCCGUUUCUUAGACCUUAGAGGAAAAACUACACUAUCUCAACUUCAAUGUCUUCGCCACUCAUUGCGAAAUAUUUCGAUUGCACGUGGCACGAGAAAAAAAACAGCAUACAACAGGUGGUCGAUUAAACGGCACAUGAACUACUAAAAUAGUAAAAUAUCGCGUAAUAAAAUGAGAAAAAGCAUCGAGAGAAAAACAUAUUUAUGGACAUUCAUUUUUUUUCCCAGUUCACCUGGAUGUUCAUCUAUUUUCUCCUGUGCGGUAAAAUUUAGAUUGGCUGUGGCUUGCUACUCUCAUCAAUUUUGAUUGGUUUCAAUAUUUUAUUGAAUUCUUACAGCAUUUUAGCAAAAUAUUCCCGCCAUUAGCUUAAAAUUGUAAUUUUUGGACAUUAACACUGCUCUGAAACGUCAAAGAACUCUCUCGAUAGUAAUGACUUGAUUGAAGUCAUCUAUCUUUUCUCACUAAAUGCCUUUUUGUAUUAUUAUUCUAACAGCCAAGGCUGGGUGAUACUUAUAUCAGUAUUUUCACCACUUAAAGUCCAAAUCUCUGUCAUCCAGUCCCAUGGCGAUUCGUAUAUUCUUAACUGGUUUAAGUCAAGUUGAGAAGCUUGUGAUUACCCAAUAGCUGAUGUAACAUCUCUAUUGUAUGAGUCAUUCCAUUUAAAAUCGUUUAAUUGGCAAAGCUGACCCAUCUUAGAUUUUGGUGUAACUUCGAGGAACUAUUCCUUAGGGUCUCAAAGAAGAAAAUUUAUACGAGUUUGAUUUUUAUAAGCACUCGUUUCCGCCUAUUUAAAUAAAGACUUUUUAAAAAAUCGAUAUUUUUAAGCCUUACCGACUUUUCCUCUGAAAUUUUUCUUUUUGAAGAUAACUACAUUGUUAAAGCGGAAUUCUGAGGGGGAAAGGUAGUAGUUUAAGUGUAAGCAUCGAUAAUUUGCUCAGUCAAUACCUCUGAAUAACGACAGCGUGCUGAAAAUGAGUGUUUUUUAAUCAUUUUUCGUGAAUUUCAAUCGACUCUAGCGUCUUAACUGCUUAGACUUAGCAGCUUAUGUUCCUCAGGAAUUAAGUGUAUAUAUCAUAGGUAAAAUACAUCCACAAGUCAACCUGAGCAGCCCACUCUUUGCAAAAAAACCUUUGCUUGAAGUUUUGAAAUUUCCAAAAAUUACAUUAUUCAGGUUAUAUAAUGAACGUGUUGACCGCCAGAUAAAAAUCUGAAACUCUCAGAAUCUACUGUUCUUACCUUUAACUUUAAAUGAACAUACCACUUGUUUUGUUAUUUUUAUGUUUAGUGCAUGUGCAAGUCGUUUUUUUACAGCAAAAAUCAACUCAAUUUUUUUAUUUUAUCUUAUAAAUUCAGUUUUUCUUGAUGUUUUUUCGCAAAUACAGAUUAUAUCUUACCUUUUUAUCGAACUUCUGGUGUUUUAAUAUCUAACCUGAAUAAUGCAAUUUUUGAAAAUUUCAAAACUUCAAGCAAAGAUUUUUUCUGCAAAGAGUGGGCUGCUCAGGUUGACUUGUGGCUGUAUUUUAUCUAUGAUAAAUACACUUAAUUUCUGAGGAACAUAAGCUGCUAAGUCUAAGCAGUUAAGACGCUAGAGUCGAUUGAAAUUCACGAAAAAUUAUCAAAAAACACUCAUUUUCAGCACGCUGCCGUUAAUCAGAGGUAUUGACUGAGCAAAUUAUCGAUGCUUACACUUAAACUACUAUCUUUCCCCACUCAGAAUUCCGCUUUAAUAAUGUCAAAAAGAAAAAUUUCAGAGGAAAAGUCAAUAAGGCUUAAAAAUAUCGAUUUUUUAAAGUCUUUAUUUAAAUAGGCGGAAAGGAGUGCUUAUAAAAAUCAAAAUGGUGUAAAUUUCCUUCUUUGGGACCCUAAGAUAGUUCCUCAAAGUUACACCAAAAUCUAAAAUGGAUCGGCAACAUUUUUUUUUAUUUUCAGACGAUUUUGUAUGGAAUGACUCGUAUCUAAUUCUCUAUCAGAUUAUCAUAUUUUUUCUUAGAUAUCUGACAGUAAAACUAUUGCAAAUUUGCCAAAAGAGGGCAUUCGUUACUUUUACUUGUAAAAUAAUUUUUAUAAAUAUUGUUACUAUUAGGUUUUAUUGGUGUCUCGAAUUUUUAUAUUUGUAUAUUUUUAAAAUUUUAAUAGUAUUACGUAUCGGGUAUAAAUAUUUUAGCUUACGCAAAUAGAACAAUUCAAUUGUGAUUUUGAGUUGUAAUGUUAUUAUAAAUUUCUAUGUAUUUUUAUUUGUAAUUAUAAUUUAGACUGGUUACAUAAGUAGGGUAGAAAGAUAAAGUAAUAAUAAUUUUUUUAGGGAGAAUAAUCUCGCUUUCAAAAAAUUCUGAAUCUAAAAAUUUAAGAUCUGAAGUAAACGUGUUCCGUCCGACAAAUGAAUUUAAACUGGAGUCCAAGUAUUUUAUUAUAUAUUCUGCAGCUUAAUAUUGUAUGCAUUUAAUUUCGAUGCGGAUUCCAUUAUAUUCGACAUUUUUACAUUUUUUUUAUAUAUAUAUUUUUUUUUAUAAACUUGACAUUUACAUUGUAAUAAAAUUUAUUCUUA